GGUAUCCGUUUGUAGUUUUUCUCGGUCGCUUAACAAAAGUGAGGAAACAGCGAACGAAGCCGCCGUCAACCAAUCUGUAGAGUGCAACAAAAUGAAAGCUCGCGAAUAAUUUUGUGUUUUUAUCACCGCACGGACGCAGAGCUACACUGCCGGAUGCGUCCGUUGUUGUUAUUUGCUGCCUGAAAAGAUCCACGGGGGCUGAAACAGUCAGUCGUCGGGCCUCGUCGUCGUGGCCCAGCAGGACUCGAGUGAAGUUGGGAGCUGACUACCAAACUUCUGCUUCCUCCAGCGACCUCCGCAGGGCCCGGGGCUCCUGUCACCGGCCCUGUGAGUGAGGAAUCGAACAUAGAUUGAAUCAAGUACCAGGAGAAAGGAAUCCCUUUGAUGGGAGAAUCCUCUUUCCUGGCCUCCUGGGUCAAUCGCUGUGCCAUGAUGAUGGAUGAGCAGGAGGCGCUGAACUCAAUCAUGCAGGACUUGGCCGAACUACACCGCUCUAGCCGACCUGCAACGUUCCUGUCGGACUUGGGAAAACCCAAAGCCUCUUCGCCCAAGAACCAGAACGAUGUCAGAGUGAAGUUUGAGUUCAAAGGGGAGAAGAGGAUUUUGCAGUUCCCCCGACCUGUCAAGCUGGACGACCUGAGGGCGAAAGCAAAGGUGGCUUUCGGUCAGAUGAUGGACCUUCAUUACACCAACAAUGAGUUGGUGAUUCCACUGACCACUCAGGAUGACCUUGACAAGGCUGUGGAGCUGCUGGAUCGCAGUGUUCACAUGAAGAGCCUGAAGAUCCUCCUGGUGCUCCAGACCUCCUCUCAGAACACGUCCUCCAAUAUGGACCUCUUGCCGUCCCACGAGGAGCUGGACAACACCGGAUUCAGGCUGGCUGAGAAAAAGAGUAUGCUGGGUUUGAUAGGCUCUCAUUCGACGGACCGCAGCUCUCCUCCUCCAGGAUACAUUCCCGAUGCGCAAACAAGUUUUUUUUUUUAUCUUUUUUCCCCUCAGAUGCUCGACCCGCUGUCCAUGAGCAGUCCAGAAAACUCAGCGUCUGGAAGUUGUCCCUCUUUAGACAGCCCACUGGACAGCGACUACCCGAAGUCCAGGAUGCCUCGAGCGCAGAGCUACCCAGACAACCACCAGGACUUUCCAGAGUACGAUAUCCCCGUGUUUGAGAAGUCGGGAAAAGGAGGAACAUAUCCUCGACGAUAUGGCAUUCCUUUUGGCCUCCAGGAUUACAGCGACGGGAGGAAGACCUUCCCCCGGGCUCGGCGAACACAAGUUCAUGGUUUCCGCUCGCCGGUAAACUUCAGCCCGACCGAGCAGUCGCCCAGCACCAGCAGCGGUAGCAGUGUCUUCACCCCUGACCUGGAGGAGGCCCCGGGGCCCGCCAGGAGGCCACGGAGGGGAAGCGACAUUGAACCCAAUCCUAACUCAGCUGCUCCUCCAACCCUGUCUGUGAUGGACAUCAGCCCGCCAAGCCGCUCUCCUCGUGCCCCAACCAACUGGCGGCUCGGAAAGCUCCUGGGUCAGGGCGCCUUUGGACGUGUUUUUCUCUGUUAUGAUGCCGAUACUGGACGAGAACUGGCGGUCAAACAGGUCCAGUUUGACCCAGAGAGUCCAGAGACCAGCAAGGAGGUGAGCGCGUUAGAGUGUGAGAUCCAGCUCUUGAAGAAUCUGUGCAAUGAGAGGAUUGUUCAGUACUACGGCUGCCUGCGAGACACAAUGGAGCGGACACUCUCUAUCUUCAUGGAGUACAUGCCUGGAGGCUCCAUCAAAGACCAGCUGAAGUCAUACGGGGCACUGACGGAAAACGUGACGCGCCGCUACACCCGGCAGAUCCUGGAGGGGGUUUCCUACCUGCACAGCAACAUGAUUGUCCACAGAGACAUCAAAGGGGCCAACAUUCUUCGUGACUCGGUUGGUAACGUGAAGCUUGGCGACUUCGGGGCCAGUCGGCGGCUGCAGACCAUCUGCCUGUCAGGAACAGGGAUCAUGUCUGUGACCGGCACCCCCUACUGGAUGAGCCCAGAAGUGAUCAGUGGAGAGGGCUAUGGUAGGAAGGCGGACAUCUGGAGUGUUGGCUGCACCGUGGUGGAGAUGCUGACUCAGCGGCCCCCCUGGGCAGAGUUUGAGGCCAUGGCAGCCAUCUUUAAGAUUGCCACCCAGCCCACGAACCCUGUGCUGCCUGCUCACGUGUCGGACCACUGCCGAGAUUUCCUCAAACGGAUUUUUGUAGAGACCAAGCAGCGGCCUUCUGCUGAUGAGCUACUGAGGCACAUCUUUGUACAUUAACCCCCCCCCUCCCUGCUCUGCCUGCCUGCUGUACAGCCAGAUAUGGCCUUACCUGACGGGGCAUCCCUGCCUCUGAGCCCGCCCCUCCACCUCGGCGCUGAACCCAUAUUGGACUGACAGGACCUGGCUGGAAGAACUUGGGGGUUGUUGGCGGGAGGGUAGGGGGCAUACCUGCUCCUCCCGUCUCUGUUUUUAAGAGACUGCCAUAGAGAACAUGAAUUUUUAUUUUAUUUUUCUCCGCAAGUUGCACCUUAAUUUGUCAAACAUGGAGGAGUGGAGCACUUCCUCCUGAAAAUGACUCUUUGAAAACGUCUCCUUUUUUAUGUUUGUACGGUUUUUCUCUUGAAAUCUAUUUGGAGUGGGAACGUGUUGGUGUUGUGGACCUUCAGGAGGUGAUGCCUGACUCUAGAGUAGCCCCGCCCCCCUCAUCUUGCUGACCCGACCCCAGAAUGUAGUCUCCUGCCAAAACCCAGAGCGACGGUGACCGUGAUGACCUGAGCCCGCUGCUAAAGAUGAAUUGAAAACCCCAGAUGCAGAGAACACUCCCUGAAAACAGUUUCCACUCUCCUGUCGUCGUCAUGUUUCUGUUCUUAAAAUGUCUCUCUGCUUUACUCUCUGUAAACUACCUUUCCUCCUCUUCCUCGCACAUCUUUGCUCUUUGCCGUGCGUGUGCCUUUUCUGUUUGUUUGUUUCUUUAUCGCAGUGUUGGAGUCGAUCUGAGGUUAUGGAUGAUAUCUGUUAUUUUUAGCUGCAAGGUUUCUCUACAUUGUUUGCCUUCCAGCUGAACUGCCUUUUACCGUUAGCCCAAAUCGAGCUGAAACGUCCGUUUCUGCCUUUUUCAGUAACAGGAACUCCUGUAAGCAUCCUGAUCCCACCUCAACUCAUGCGGUUUGUUUGUCUGCUCGCUCUGGCUGCUAACCAAAUAUCUUCAGACUGGUCCUGCUGGUUUAAUGGUGCACUGUAGAUGGUGAUGAACUGGGUAACUGGUACUAACACAGGGAUUUGUAUUCCUCCUUGUGCGACAGAAGUGUCCUGGUGAUUUUAUCUUACAAUGCACCUUCUAAGUAUUCAGUGAUCAGACUGGUUGAGCUCUGAGAUGGAGGAGUUAUGACUUUAUGGUUAUUGGUUAUCGUUGGCAUGAAUUGGUACAUUCCUGGUACUCGUGCUGUUGUUUUUGCAGGUUCGUUCUGUAAACAUUGUAGUUAUUAUUAAUGGUGAGCAGAAGAUUUCAUAUUAAUUAUUGGAUAAAAAAGCAGUUGCCUUUACCAGCUCUCGAGGCAAGUCAUCAUGCACAAGCCAACCCCCAAUCUCCAUCAUCUGUGAAGAUGAAGAUUCAUUCAUUCAAGUUAUUUUUAAUUGCACAAUUGCACCCAAAAUGUUUCUUUUUCCAGCUUCCCUAAUGUGAGUCUUUGCUGUUCGUCUUCUUUUGGCUCUAAGAAGUUUGAAACGUUCUGCCUGACACACCAGAUGGUUAC